AUGAGUAACUCUAUCCGAGUGGCUAUCCUCACAGUCAGCGACACGGCAUCACUUGAUGCCAAUGCUGAUAAGUCUGGACCAACUAUCAAAGAGAUCGUUUCCAAAGCGGGGUUCAUCUGUACAGAGACAACUAUUGUCCCUGACAGUAUUCCUCGUAUUCAGAACCAGGUGAAACGUUGGUGCGAUCAAGGGGACAUUGACUGGAUUAUUACUACAGGGGGGACCGGUUUCGGCGUCAGAGAUUUGACUCCAGAAGCUAUCUCCCCCUUACUAGAACGUCACGCUUCAGGCCUUGUGCACUUAUUGAUGGCGACGUCACUGCAGCACACGCCCAUGGCCGCUCUCUCCCGACCGGUGGCUGGCACGGCGAAGAAUACGUUGAUUGUGACAUUACCUGGUAGCGUGAGAGCAGUCAAAGAAAACAUGGAUACUCUGGUCGUCAACGGCGUGGUCAAACAUGCGUUAGAACUCAUUCAGGGUGGGACAGGCCAAAAUGUCCAUAAGAAUAUGUCUUCGGUCGCAGUAUACACUACACCUGUAUCAUCUGCUCAGUUGCACCAUCAUCACGAUCAUCAUCACGAAGCACCCCAACCACGGACAGUCCUUUCUCAUGAUCCUCAGGCUGCUGUAUCCACUCGUCAUCGAGUUUCACCUUAUCCUCUUAUCUCCCUCGAGCAAGCUCUCAAUUUGAUUUCCCAAGAGGUUCGGCCCCUGCCCGCACAAAGGUGUCGAGUUUCACCGGGCCUCAAAGGCCAUAUUCUAGCGGAGAAUGUUUACGCUCCACAAGAUGUACCUAUCCGUGAGACGACCAACGUUGAUGGCUAUGCCUUACGAUCCAGCGACCCCCCUGGUGUCUACAAGGUAUGCACCCCAGCUUCACAUCGGUUAAGUGACACCGUACCAUCUGGUGUUAUCUACCGCAUCAACACUGGGGCGCCCUUGCCCAACGGCACAGAUGCGGUUAUCAUGGUCGAAGACACGAGCCUGGUCUCUACAGAUGUUUUCGGAGAGGAAGCAGAGGUAGAAACUUUGGCUCAAGUUGCUCCAGGAGAGAAUCUGAGGUCACCCGGUUCGGACGCCAGAAAAGGAGACCUUGUACUUGAAAAGGGUCAACGACUUCUUGCUUCAGGUGGAGAAAUUGGCACGCUAGCUUUCGUUGGUCGCAAGGAGGUCGACGUCUAUCAGAAACCUGUGAUCGCUCUACUGAGCACAGGUGACGAGAUAACUGACAUCCUAUCGUCGGAAUCUACCUCUUCAUCCGAUUCUUGGAAGGGCGUAUGGGAUACGAACAGGCCUUCGCUACAAGCAGCUCUCGAAGGCUUGGGUUAUUCGGUGAUCGACCUUGGAAUAGUGACCGAUGACCUUAACGAUCACGUCUCGGCAAUACGAAAGGGUCUCGAUAGUGCGGAUAUCCUUCUCACUACUGGAGGUACAUCUAUGGGAGCAUCAGAUCUGCUGAAGCCUGUCAUCGAGCGCCAUUUCGAAGGAACUGUUCAUUUCGGGCGGAUCACCAUUAAGCCCGGAAAGCCGACAACAUUUGCAACGAUUCCCACAGCGGAUGGCAGAAAGAAGCCAAUAUUUGCCUUACCAGGCAAUCCCGCGUCGGCCCUUGUUACUUUCAAUGUCUUCGUGGUACCUGCUCUGAGAAAGCUGGGUGGGUGGCCGAGCGACUUGUGCCAGCUACCGCGUGUCAAGGUUAAGUUACAGGAUAGCAUGAAGCUGGACACUCGGACCGAAUUUCAUCGUGUUGUUGUAAGGUCAAGCAAUGAUGGGUUAUUGGCAACGAGUACGGGCGGUCAACGCUCCAGCAGGGUGGCCAGUCUCAGCGGGGCAAACGGACUUGUCAUCCUACCCCAACGCAAAGACGGUAGCCAAACGGUAUUAGAUAAAGGGAGUUUGGUAGACGCUAUCAUAAUCGGAGAGUUAUUAUAG